AUGAAAACCACUCCGCGAUGCUAUGCUACGACGAUCAACACGUAUGGAUCCCGCAAAAUGCUGCUGGACGUCGAUAUCUCUGAUCCUGCCCGAAACAAUAGCGGGCUAAGUUCGUUUUUGCUCGUGCACCUCACCUCUCCAUCUCAUAUUCCUCCACGACUAUCCACAUCCCUCCGACAAGGUGAUCCUCAAGUCGAGGCACCUCCCUACAUCUGCAACUACUUUGAGUCCAGCUCUAUCCCCUACCGUGACGAUCAACUUGACCCCAUCCACAUCUACUCUGGGUCCACCAUCACUAUAUUCUAUCACGCAAUGCUGGCGGCGCUCCUCAACUAUGCCGUGUCAAUCUAUAUUAUAUUAUGA